UUUACGCGAACUGUGCGUGUUGUGUUAAAAGUAAAUUAAUGUACACAUAAAAUGUAAUCCUCAAAGAAAACCAAAAAUGGGUCGUUCAAAAUUUCCUGGCAAACCCUCCAAGCACAUACACCGAAAGAGGGUCAAUGUUCUUCCACCCACAGGAGAAAUAUCUAAUGUUGAAUGUAGUGGUUCAGUGACAGUUGAUUCUGUUGUAGAAAACAAACAGGAUGAAGAUGUGACUGAAAAAGAUAGUGAAAGUCCAGCUAUUGACAAUGUUGUAAACACAAAAGUUUCAAUUAAAAGAAGACUGACUAGGAAAAUGAAAUCUUCUAUACGAAAUAAAAAUGCAUCCAAAAGAAAUUUGUUGUCUAAAAUGUGUAAUAAACCUACAGUAAAGCCUAAAAUAAACAAAGGGACAAGAACAAGUUUAACACGUAAAGCUGUACAUAGUUAUACAUCUACUUGUAGAAGUAAAACACCAAAAGAAACGACAAAUUUAGUGGGGAAGUUUGUACUACCGACAAGAAGUGUACAUUCUUCUCGUGUUAUAAAACCAAACAAACGUUUUAUUAGUGACUUAAACGAAGGCUUAACUUUAAAAAAGAAAGUUAGUAUUACGAAGAGGCACUGUGUUAAACAGGAUGAAGAUAAAUCGAAAGCAAAAACUAAGUGUAUUGAAAGUGGCAGCUUUGAUAACGAAAGUGAUAAAACAACAUUUACGAAUGGUCAUAAGGUUGUAUUGCGUCAAGCUAGGCUUAAACUACCGAAUCAAAUAGGAACUCAAGGUCCUUUCUCAACAAAACCUAACAGUUCACCUCCAGGUACAGUAACAUGUGGGGUUUGUGGAGCAGUUAGAUUUUAUCGGUUUGUUAAGCAGGCUCGUAAAUUCAACAUAUAUAGUUGUGAGUCAUGUAGAAAAUUCAUAACGAAGAUGAUAAAAAGGCAAGCAUGUGGCGGAAAGAAUACUCAAAGUACGUUAGUGUGUAACAAAGGCCAAGGAACUUGUCACGUGCCUCCAAUUGUUAGAAGUCAGCAGUGGAAGUUGACUAAAUGCGCAUACCGUGCUAGAUGCCCUGCGUGUUGGUUAAAAAUGUGCCUUCGAGCAUUUCAUAUGCCCCCAUCUUUAAAACAAGGUCUGACAUUGAUGUUGCCUAAAAACAUGCAAGGUUUAGAUGUAGUUUUUAACAGUACUUUGCCACCUUUACUGUGGCAAGCAAAAGUAGAACAAAAACUGGUGUUGGACAAGCCACAAGAGACAACGAGUUUAAAACAACGACCUGUCAGGUUUAAAAACCCCAAAACUCAAACCGUACCAAAUCCUCCAGUUCCUAAUUCUGAUAUUAAAAGGCAAAAAAUUGAUCUAAAAGGACCUCGAGUUAAACAUGUUUGUCGCAGUGCUUCAAUAGUGUUAGGUCAGCCACUUGCAACAUUUACAGAUGCGGAGAAAAAAUGUGAUACUCAGGAUCAACCUACUACUGAUAUUAAAAAUUCUGAAGAAAAAAUUUUAUGUGACAAAAAUGAAAUUAAGCCUACAAUUUCUAUAAGCAAAAGUGAAUGUGCGUCUAGUUCACCUAGUGAAUCUGAAUCCAGUUGUAGUGAUAAAUCAUCUAAAAUACAAUUUUCAUUUAACGAUUCUUUAGAUACUAAUAUCAAAAGGGAGAAGAGUUUUAGAAAUGCUACAGUGACUUCACAAAACUAUUCAGAGGUAUGUAAUGAUAGUGAUAAUAAGGUGCUAGCAGCUGAGUUCACAUUAGUGAAUGUGACAUUGCAUCGAUGGACGAACAAUGAUUUAGCCCUUAGAAAUUUACAACAUGUAAGAGCACCCGAGAGAAAAAAGAAUCUCAUAGAACCCCAAAACGGAAUCUUGAUAGAUUUUUGGGAUGGUUAUGAUCCAGAAAAUAUCUGUCAAAAUGGAUUCUGUAUUAUUGGAUCUGAGCAAUUUUCAGUGCCUGGAAUAUGUUUCUUAUGUGGCAGCGCAGGCAAGGAAGUUAUGCUUUAUUGUUCGAUUUGUUGCGAACCAUAUCAUCCAUUUUGUUUGGAAGAUGCACAAGCUGCACCUUUAAAUAAUAACACAAAGCAGGGAGCUUGGAUCUGUCCUAGAUGUACAAAAUGCUAUGAGUGCAAUCAAAUCGACAGACAGAAACUGAGCUGUCAUAAAUGUUUAAAGGCAUAUCAUCCAGAAUGUUUCAACCCUAAAUGGAAUGGGGAAGGCAAACCUACGAUUUGUGCAAAGUGUUUAAUGUGUAAAAGCUGUGGUACCAAUGGCAUCACUAAAUUUGUAGGGACUAUGCCUUUAUGCGUGCUUUGUUUCAAAUUGCGGAAAAAAGGAAACUUCUGUCCUAUUUGUCAACACUGUUAUGACGAAAACGAGUGUUGCUCAAAGAUGAUGGAAUGUGCUAAGUGUACUAAAUGGGUUCACGCUAAGUGUGAGAACUUAACAGAUGAACAGUACCAUAUUUUAAGUGUUCUUCCAGAAUCUGUGGAGUAUUUUUGUUCUUCUUGUUCUAAAAAGCCUUAUUGGAGAAGGGCUAUUAAUAAUGAGCUACAUUCCUGCUUCAGUCAAGUCUUAAGACAGUUGAGCAAAAACAAAACAGCUAGAAGUCUGUUGAAGUGGAGUCCUCUGAACAACCUCACCCCCUCAAAUAAAGCAAUAACGCACAUAAGGAAACUUCAGUUUUCGGAUGACGAUAUAGAUUUAGAUAACAAUAAUUGCAGCAAAGAUAUUACUGAUGUAAAUAAGAUUUACUCUUUCGAAGAAAAUGAGAAAUAUGAAGAGUCUAUAUCCAAAUCAUCGAAUACUCUCUCGGUGGUAGAUAUAAGAAAUAAAUUAAGUACUAAUGACUAUUCUUCUAUAAAAGAAUUCAGUAAAGAUGUAGAAGAAGCUUUAAAAUUAACUAAAUCGGAACAGUUACUUAAGAUAUAUCAUAACAUUUUCGAAAAUGUUUUUCCUUGGUAUGACAAAUCCUCGUCAGAACAGGAACCGCAAAAAAUUGAAAAUAUCGUUAGUGAAGAAUCUCAACUCAACCCUAAAGUAGAAGGAUCUUUUACUGAAAUAGUUCCGUUGGUUCCUGAUACCAGGAUAUGCGGAUUUUGUAAAGGAGUUGGUGAUGGUGUAAAUAAUUAUGAAUCAAGGUUGUUGUACUGUGGACAAAAUGAAUGGGUUCAUGCUAAUUGUGCUCUUUGGUCUUCUGAAGUUUACGAGGAAAUUGAUGGAUCCUUACAGAAUGUACAAAGUGCAUUAAACAGAGGUCGAUUGAUUCGUUGCGCACACUGCAAGCAAAAAGGCGCAAGUGUAGGUUGUUGCUACAAAGGCUGCCAUGAGACGUAUCAUUUUAAUUGUGCUAAGACAGCUAAACUAGUUUUUAUGCAUGAUAAAACAGUAUAUUGUUCCUCACACGAAAUAACUUCAAAAAGCCACGUGAUAACUAUAGAUAAAGAUUUUGAGAUUCGCAGAUCUGUUUAUGUAGAAUUAGAGCAGAAACGGAGAAAAUAUUGUGAAAUAGAAAAAGUAAAUUUUAUGGUGGGAUCUUUGUAUGUUAAAAAUCUGGGAAGAAUUGAACCUCUCGUCUCUGAUGGUACUGAAGCCAUUAUUCCUAUGGGCUUUAUUUGCUCAAGACUGUUUUGGUCCACUGUGGAACCAUGGAAAUUAGUUCCAUACACUAUUUCUACUUCCGUUCAAAAUUAUCACAGUAGUACGUUAACUAUAGAUAAAAAUUUCACGAUAGAUCACACUUUGGAAAAGACUGCUGUUGACAAAAUUAUGAGGGAAUUAAGUGCAUGGCAGAAAGAUAUCGAUAAAAAAAAUUCUGACAUAGAAUCCGAAGAUGACGAAGAGCAACAAAACGGAGCCGAUAUUUUAUCCCCGGAAUUAACUGAUGCCAUUUUAGAAGAACUACCACAUGACCUCCUUGAUGGCAUUUCUGUUCAGGAUAUUUUUCCAAAAUACUCUUACGAUGAUUUGAUCAGUAUGGACUACAAAACUGAGUUGAGUAAUUUGGAAAGUAUUACAGAAAACUACAAGAAGACUGAGAUUGAGGAAGAUAUGGAUCUGGAUUUAAAAAGUAACAGGGAGUUGAGGAGAAGCAAGUCUGAUGUCAUAUCUUCAAACAAACUUGAAAAUCUAUCAAAAUCUCGUCCAUCUCAGAGGUCAUGCAGCUUGACUUUAAGUUGUAAACUAGAUAGUUCCUUGUCCCCAGCUAUUAAACGACGUAAAAUGGCUGCUAGAGAAAACAAUAUGAUUUACCAACUACUACAAGUUGAUGGAAAUUGCGAUGAUAGCAGUUCAAGCGAAUGUGGAUCUCCUACAGGUAUGCCAGAGACUGAUCCAUGGGGAAAUUACGUUUCAGAAGAGCCAGUGACAUGCGAAAAAUGCCAGUGCACUUACCGAACGCAGGCUAGUUAUAAAAGGCAUCUGGAUUCAUGCGAAGUGCUCUGCACUAGUGAAAGCGAUUCAGAGAUGAUUCCAGAUCAGGAAAUGGUCUCUGCUUAUGUCAGUCCCACAGGUAAUGUUGUUGAGAACUCAGUUAUGGUAGAUGUUAAUGAACCAGUUGUUAUAUCUUCAUUUGAAUCAUACCAAAGUGAAAUACACACUUCUGUGCUUAAUACUCAAAGUUUUGUUACUUCUAAAUCGACAUCUGAGUUACUGACAGUGCCACAGACUUCUGAUGUGGUCAUUCAGAACUUACCGCAAGCUGUUGAACAAAAAUCAAUCUUACAGACAUUACCAGUUAACACAGUGACACCUAUUACUUUAGAAAAUCCUCAUGCUGAUCAGACUUAUACUAUAAGUCAACCCAUAACGAUAAGCGAUCCAUCUAUUUCAAUAUCUACGAACCAACCCCAGUUUUGUGUUAACCAAACAGUGCCUUUGUGUGUUAGCCAACCUUCACUUACGCUGCAACAAAAUAGUAUUCAAGUUCAGCCCACCGCCAACUACACAGGAAAUCAAGUGUUAUCUAUAAAUCCAAGUGGUUCAAUCUCCAUAAAUCAACUCAGUCAACCAACUGCUUCCAUAGCCAUUAAUCAAAUUAAUCAACCACCAGGGUCUAUUGCGAUAAAUCAAAUAAACCAACCCACAAAUCUGCAGCAAUCUUUAGAUUUUCAUCAACCACAGUCCGUUACUAUCCAGUCAGUUCCUUACGGUAACACAAUUUUAAAUGUAGGAAAUCAGAACCAAUUUUCGUUAAAUGGUAAAUUGAUAACGAAUCCAGUAAUACAGACAGUUAAUAUGCCAGGCACACAGUGGGUAAAACAUGUAGCUAAGCCUGCUGUUUUAACACAAAAGUCGUUAAAAUCAAGGGGGCGUAGUAGAACUAUAGCAGCUAAGCGUUCAACGCACUUUGAAGAAGGAGACACCAUAAUUUUACCAGCACAAAAUUCUACUGGGCAAGUAAUAGUGCAGCAUCUGCCGUCCACAAAUUAUGUUCCCGCUUUUGUUGAUGCUUUUCAACAACCGGGACAAAAUUUACAAUAUGUUGCCACUAUUACACCGCAAGUUAAUGCAGUGCCCACACAAUCUUUAGUACAAAUUCAACCAGACAACAAUAUUAUUAGUAUAGUGCCUGGCUUACAACAAACUAUGUACAUUCAGCAACCUAGAGUACUUGAGAAUCAAUUGGUUGUAGAUAGUAAUGGUACCCUUGGUUGGUCUCAACAACAAACUGUGCAGCCAGUAUAUUACGGUUUUGAAACCAUAGUACAAAACACUGUUAUGCAGUCACAACAGUUCCUUCCAACAACAAUGCCAGGUGUAUUAACUGCCAACAGCAGCUACUCAACUACCACACAAGUAUUCCAGACAAGUAAAUUAGAACCAGUAUUGGACGUACCGCCUAACAGUUUUGUAUUAGUGAAUCCCGGGCAACUGGUUAACUCACAGUCAAUUGUUAAUUCACAACCAAUUGUUAACUCGCAGCCUAUUGUUAAUUCACAACCAAUAGUAAACACACAACCGCUUGUUAAUUCACAGCCCAUUGUUAAUCCACAAUCCAUUGUUAAUGCUCAACCAAUCGUUAGUUCCCAUCAAAUCGAAGUACAGUAUUCCGAAGCACAGCCGUUGAAUAUAGUAAGCAACAUAGUACCUCAACCACAACCGCAACUUGAAAUUAAAACAUCACAACAGCAGCAAAUGAAAUACUCACAACCUGUUGUAUCACAUAAGUCGCCAACUGUACCAACCACAUCUGCCACUCACAGCAUCACUCUUCCAACUGCUCCGUUUGUAUCGGAGCAAGGAAUUCCAACUAACAUAGUAACUCCUAUUCCUAAACCUCCAACUUCUACACAAAGUCGGCCAAUGAGUAGAGUUCUUCCAAUGCCAACGAACAACACGAUAAAAGAACCAAAGAAAAUAAUAACUGAUGAUUCAGAAAAGAUAUUUUUCAUAGAAGAGAAACGAAAACCUGUACAGGUUAAAAUCGAAGAUAUCAAAUCCGCGCCUUUGAAACAACCAAAAAUACUUAACGGUGUUAAGACAGAAUCAAAGAAAUUUGAGAUAUUACAGUGUAAAAUAAUUAGACCAGCACAGCCGAAUCUUAUGAAAUCUACCCAACAGAUACUGGAAGUAAAACCUGCAGAUAUGAAACCAGUAGAACCACUGCAGAAAGCACCUAAGAUAGAAUCAUUGUCAGAAAUUAAAAUUAAGAUUAAAGAAGAACCACCAGUAGAAAAAUCUGAGGAAAUUUCAGCAGUAGAGGAUACAAAAGUAGACACAUCUUUAAAAUUAGUGUUCCAAAAACAGGGUCAAGAUGGUACUUAUAAAAUUAGCAACAACUUCACAUCAAAGCAACCGGUACAAGUAGCACCUUUAAAACCAAUCAAAUCAACUAAUGCACAGACCUCACCACAAUCCGUAACCGAAAGACAGUAUAAAGACGAAGAAAAAUUAGAAGAAAAAAUUGAACAUCUCGCCACCGAGGUUUCUUCUGUGAAAAAUCAAAUAAGCAAGAAGGAAAAUGACAAUUCAUCUUCAAUAUUGUAUACUAUCGAAACACAAGAUGGAUUUAAAUAUUCGUCGUCCUCAGUUGCAGAUCUCUGGACUAAGGUUUUAGAAGCCGUACAGUCUGCGAGAGCAGCUCACAAUAUGCCGCCUUUGCCGACAAACAACGGAAGUAUUAUGAACUCUAUUCAGAUCUUAGGUUUUAAAUCAAGUGGUUUAAAGUAUUUAAUAGAACAAUUACCGGGUGCAUCAAAGUGUUCAAAAUAUAAAUCUAUGUUUAACUUCCCUCCGCAUCCUAAUGAUAUUGAUGAUGAAUAUUCCCAAGAUCAUUUGUACGGGACUGUCAGGUGUGCUCCAUAUCAAAGUAAGAAUACAGAGCCUUACGACAUGUUUGGAUGGUUAUCUUCUAAACACAGGCAACCUGAAGAAAUUUCACUGGAUACUUUGGAACUUUUACCAAGGAGGGUGGUGAAUUUGCCAAUGGCCAUGAAAUUCCGUCAGUUAAAACUGACGUCAAAAUACUCAGUAGGUGUCUACCGAUCGUGCAUCCACGGUAGAGGACUGUUUUGUCUUCGGGAUAUCGAAGCAGGGGAAAUGGUCAUCGAAUAUGCUGGAGAGGUUAUCAGGUCCAUUCUGACUGAUAAAAGAGAAAAAUAUUACAAUUCUAAGGGAAUAGGAUGUUACAUGUUUCGUGUAGAUGAUAAUUUCGUUGUCGAUGCAACAAUGAAAGGAAAUGCAGCUAGAUUUAUAAAUCAUUCUUGUGAUCCGAAUUGUUAUUCGCGAGUGGUUGAAAUUCUUGGACAUAAACAUAUAAUAAUAUUUGCGCUAAGACGGAUACUAAGCGGAGAAGAACUUACGUACGAUUAUAAGUUCCCUUUCGAAGAGGAUAAAAUACCAUGUACUUGUGGGUCUCGAAAGUGUCGAAAAUUUUUGAACUGAUUAUCAGAGUGGAAACAGAUGUGUCUGUAUAAUUGUAAAUUUUUCUUUGUAUUUAUAUUGUAUAUAUCUCAGAUUUUUAAUUAUAAUGUAUUUUACUUCCUCAUGUAGCACCUAUAAUGGCCAUUAAAGUUUAUUACAUUCUUAAAAUAAUAGAAUUAAGUUUUUGUAAAGUCAGUAUUUGAAAUUUUUGUAAGUAUUUGGCUGUGAGGUUAUAUAUGCAUUUGUGCCAUUGGCUCGAUAGGUGCUAUAUUUUAAGAGUUUAAAUUUUUGAUAAAAAAAAUAUCAUGUGAUAUGUUGUGCAUAAUGAUUUGCAAAAAUUUCUUUAACAUUUAUAUGAUAGCUAUUUAAAAAAGGCUUGUAAUACGAGAUCAGAUUUUUGUAAAUAUAACUUUUAUGAAGAUUACCAAAUGAGUUUCUUUAUAUAUCACAUUUGCUAUUAUAGAUUUGAUAUUCUCAAAUGUUUUUAUUUUGGGAACUAUAGUGAAUUUUACCAAAUUAAAUUUUCAAGCCUUUGCCCACUAUUAACUUUUUUUAUUCCAAUAUGUAUUCAUUUUUUUUUAUUUAUUUUUUCUUUACAUCAAAAAAAAUAAUUCUUAACAAACCAUUUGAAUAUUGCACCGAGCAUUCAUAAUUCUUGAAAUUGAAACGUGUGCUUAGCUAAAUGAUUAUCAAUAAUUAACCAUUACAAUUAUUUCAUGACAAUUUUUUAAUAUAAUAUUCUUGGACAUGUUUUUAGAUUUUCGUGAAACUGUUUUGAUAAUUUGUUUCAAAGAAUGAAUAACUUGUACGAGCCUUAGUUGUAUAUUUUGUUUUGGUUUCUCGGAGGUUCACUUGUCAAGUUACCAAAAUAAAAAUUACUAAUUGCAAGAAAGAUAAAUAGUAUGCACUUGAAUAUAUGUACAAUAAUAAAACCAUCUAAAAUAGACUUUUUUAUGUACGAUAGCUUUACAACUACUUGAAUGACAAUAUUAACAUAUCAAUAUUAUGACUACAAUGAUGAAGUAGAAUUUGAACCAAUUCUGCAGCGUGAUACGAGGCCUUGUUAGGUAGUAUUGUACAUGAUUGUAUGGGUUGAUUUUUCCAGUGUCUUAAGAAUAUGAAUUUAACAUAAAAAAAAACUAAUCAUACCCUAUCUGGUGCUUACUACUUGUAUUUACAGCAGCUGUGCUAUAAACAUGUAUUUACUAUUGUCAAUAAAAAAUAUUG